AGUGAAGGGCUGAAGUGCGCAUGCUCAAUGGAGGCAGCCUCGCUCAGUUUGUGUUUCACUGCAGAGGAAUAUUUGCUUUAAUGUCGAAAUAAGCGGACAGUAAUGGAUUAUCAACUUUAGCCAAACGGUACAUCACACCCGGAAUUCAAAGGCUGUGACGUUCGAGAGAAGCUUGAAAAUCCCCGCAUAAUGAUGCGCUUCAUGCUGCUGUUCAGCCGGCAGGGGAAGCUGCGGCUGCAGAAGUGGUACACGGCCACGGCGGAACGAGACAAGAAGAAGAUGGUCAGGGAGCUGAUGCAGAUAGUCCUCGCACGCAAACCCAAGAUGUGCAGCUUUCUGGAAUGGAGGGACCUCAAGAUCGUCUAUAAAAGGUACGCCAGUCUAUAUUUCUGCUGCGCCAUCGAGGAGCAGGACAACGAGCUGAUCACGCUGGAGGUCAUCCACCGCUUCGUGGAGCUGCUGGAUAAAUACUUUGGCAGCGUGUGUGAGCUGGAUAUAAUCUUUAACUUUGAGAAGGCUUACUUCAUUUUAGACGAGUUCCUGAUGGGAGGAGAGAUUCAGGACACGUCCAAGAAGAGCGUCCUCAAAGCCAUCGAACAGGCCGACCUGCUGCAGGAGGAGGACGAGUCUCCCCGGAGCGUUCUGGAGGAGAUGGGUUUGGCGUAGCCCCCCCACCCCUCCGACGACAUGGAGGAAGCUGGAAAAGAAAAAGGCGGGAUGACUCGGACCGAGAGCGUUCGCUCUGGGAUCCCGACGCGCCUUUGGGGUGAAACUCCACGGACCCCUGCUUUGGACUGGCCUCUCGGCCCCCUCUGUGUGUGUGUGUGUGUGUUAUCUAAUGGUAAUGGGCUUUAUUUAACGCGCCUGGAGAAGCUGCGUGCUCUGAUGCAUUUUCCUCCAUUAUUUUAUCAUUUUAUUCCCCCCCCCGAGGCUGCUGGAUGCGAAGAGUUCGAUCAAUAAGCUAAGCCUGUGGAACACCAGCAGGAGGAGGAACCCGUGGGAAACUGGAGGUCGCUAAAGCCGCCGCGUCGCCUCCAGCCGUCACCGCUAACCACCAACAAUAAACACGUUCAGGAUUCCAGGGAAAACGUCUGUUUCUGUUCCGUUCUUCUCUCAGAAUUCACAGCAUGUUUGUUCGGUGCUUCCUGUCGCUCAAACUUCUGUUCACUUUUUUUUUUUUUGUAAUUUCACCCUAAUUAAGUAAAACCAUAAACUGCACCAAUGAAAA